AUUGCAGAGUUUGUGCGACAGCACUGGCAAGAGGAUGAAUUCUUUGGCUAUCAGUUUCUUAAUGGCCUAAACCCCAUGAUGAUUGAAAAAUGUUUAGAACUUCCAAAGAACUUUUUGGUUACUGAAGAUAUGGUGAAGUCCUUCCUACCAGAUGGCAGCUCUCUACGAAGAGAGAUGGAGAAUCGAAACAUUUUCCUGUGUGACUACAAGGACUUGAACUGUGUAAUUGGAAAGGAGAAUGUCAUUCAUGACCGUCCGCAGUACUUGGCUGCUCCACUUUGUUUGCUCUACAAGACCUCUGACAAUAAACUCUUACCCAUUGCCAUCCAGCUGAAACAGGAGCCAGGGGAAGAAAAUCCCAUAUUUCUCCCCUCAGACGGUGAAGACUGGCUCUUGGCCAAGAUUUUCGUGAGAAAUGCUGAGUUCAGCAUGCAUGAGCUAAACUUCCAUUUGCUUCGUACGCAUUUGUUGGCCGAAGUCUUUUUCAUGGCAACUAUAAGGCACCUUCCCUCAGCACACCCCCUCUUCAAGCUCCUGGUCCUCCAUUUCCGCUACACUUUACAAAUCAAUAUCAUGGCCCGAGACCAGCUCAUGUCAGAGGAAGCCUUCUUCUCUGAACAUACAGGCAUUGGGUUAACUGGUUCAAAGAUGUUUUUGAGGGAAGCUUUAGCAACGCUCACAUACAGCUCCUUAUGUUUACCAGAGAAUAUCAAAGAGCGCGGUCUAGAGGAGAUCCCAAACUUCUACUACAGAGAUGAUGGCCUCAAGCUGUGGAAGAUCAUCCAUGAAUAUGUUCAAGGAGUGUUGGGACACUACUACAACUCCGAUGAUUACAUCCAGAGAGACACGGAACUACAGCUUUGGAUUAAAGACAUUUACAAGAAGGCUUUUCUUGAAAGACGAAGCUCAGAGAUACCACAGAGCUUCACCUCCUUAGAGGAGCUCAUCAAGUUUGCCACCAUGAUCAUUUUCACUGUAUCUGUUCAACAUGGUGCUGUCAACAAUGGACAGUUUGAUUUUGGUGCUUGGAUGCCCAACUUUCCCAGUUCUUUGAAGUGUCCUCCACCUACUUGUAAAGGUAAAGCCACAGAGAUUGAUGUCCUGGAGACGCUGCCAGACAUUGGCACCACAGUACACACCAUGACUGCACUGUACCUGCUCAGCCAGAAGUCCUCUGACCAUUACAGCCUAGGUAAUUAUCCUGAGCAGCUGUUUGUGGAGCAGAAGCCACUGGAAUUGACUGAUGAUUUCAGAAGAAAGCUUGAGGUCCUCAGCUAUGACAUCAAAGCCAGGAAUAUUGGUCUUCCAUUGCCAUACACCUAUCUAGACCCAGAGAACAUUGAAAACAGUGUGGCCAUUUAA